CCAUUCUUCUCUUCUCUUUCUCCAACGCUUUGUUCCUGUCUCAAGACAUUCUAUCUUAGGCGACGUUGACAUCCCUUCCACCGCGGUCCGACUGAACAAGUUCUGGUCGUCCUCAAGUCCCAGCUCUCGUGAUCCGUUAGGCGACCUAUACCCUAUAUCCCUUGGUCAGGGCCCCUUUCAGUGCUCACCCAAAUCAGAGAUGUCUACAGCUACGGAAGAGCUGGGCACCGCCCCAAAGCUCGAAAAGAAGCCCGUCAAAUUCAGCAACUUGCUCUUGGGCGCUGGAUUAAACUUGUUUGAGGUCACUACUUUGGGACAGCCACUGGAGGUGAUCAAGACAACCAUGGCUGCAAACCGGGGCGAUAGCUUCGCUGGCGCUAUGGGUCGGAUAUGGGGUCGUGGCGGGAUCCUCGGUUAUUACCAAGGUCUCAUUCCGUGGGCCUGGAUUGAGGCCUCUACGAAGGGUGCUGUCCUCUUGUUCGUCGCCUCCGAGGCGGAAUUCCGUGCCAAGGUGCUCGGUGCGCCCGACUUCCUCGCCGGUAUCUCCGGGGGUAUGGCCGGUGGUAUCGCUCAAGCCUAUGCGACUAUGGGAUUCUGCACCUGCAUGAAGACGGUUGAAAUUACAAAGCAUAAGAUGGCAGCUCAGGGUGUCAAACCCCCCAGCACCUUCGCUACGUUCAUGGACAUCUACCGCAAAGAAGGAAUCAGAGGCAUUAACCGUGGUGUGAAUGCUGUUGCCAUCCGUCAGACGACUAACUGGGGAUCUCGAUUCGGCCUUUCUCGCUUGGCAGAGCAGGCUCUUCGUAAGGUGACUGGCAAAGACGAGAGCCAGAAGCUCAGCGCUCUUGAAAAGGUUAUCGCAUCAGGAUUGGGUGGUGGUCUCUCUGCCUGGAACCAGCCAAUUGAGGUCAUCCGCGUCGAGAUGCAGAGCAAGACUGAGGACCCCAACCGUCCCAAGAACCUUACGGUCGGCAAGGCUUUCAAAUAUAUUUACGAUACAAACGGCAUCAAGGGAUUAUAUCGUGGUGUGACACCCAGAGUUGGUCUGGGUAUCUGGCAGACCGUCUGCAUGGUGGCUCUUGGUGACAUGGCCAAAGAGGCAGUCGAAAAACUGACGGGCGACAAAGUCACCGCGAAGCACUAGAGAAGGUUUGAAAUACCCUUUUACCGUGCAAGAUGUUGUGGUCGGGCUAGUUAUCUGAAUGUGAUCUGAGUUGUGCAUGAGCUCGACUGGUUUCGAGUAUCAUGACAAAUUUGAACUAUGUUACAAUAAUUAUACUACUCCGGAAUAGAGAAAAUAUUCU